UCAGUGCAAGAUUUAUGCAGUAGAACAUGAGCAACAUCCCAAAAUCCUUAACCGAGUCUUCCUUUACCCUCUUUAAACUUGCCAUCUCGGCUUCUGAUCCUUGGCCUUUCUCUCUUGUUUUAUUAUAACCUCUUGUAUACUCUUUUGUCAAACAAGAAAAGAAGUCCCUCUAUAUAGCGGUUUAUAGGGUAUUCUUGUUUUUCAAUUAAUUCUUCAAUCGUAUAGUGAUGGGACAUCAUCAUCUGAAUUUCCAUUUUCAUGUGCCUCAAAUUCACUUUCAUCAUAACCAUGGCCAUGGAAAGAAAGAAUUGAAAGAUAUUCCAAAAGGGUGUCUGGCAAUUACUGUGGGAUAUGGUGAAGAGCACCAGAGGUUUGUUAUUCCUGUCACGUACAUCAAUCAUCCGCUGUUUAUGCAGCUAUUGAAGGAAGCAGAGGAAGAAUAUGGAUUUGGUCAUAAAGGUCCAAUUAAGAUUCCUUGUCAUAUUGAGGAAUUUCGACAUGUUCAAGGGGUGAUUGACAAGGAAGCUGCCUCUCACAAUCACCAUAAUCACAACCCUUGGUGCUUCAAAGCGUGAUUUUCUUAUUUUAGUUUGUGAUACUACUUUUCUACUCAAAAUUUUAUUUGUGCUUGCCUUUUCCUUUGUGUUUUCUCUUCUAUAAAAAAAUGUUCAUAUAUCAAAAUUAUGUUGAAACACGAUGACGGAAAUUGACUGAUAUUGUAGUAA